AGAGGAAAAAAACUUUACUGUUGUCGCCUUUUGGGACUGCUGGAUCACCUAAAUGUUUUAAGAAGUUAGCCGUUGUGGUGUCUGAUGCUUUUUGUUCGUCAUGUGUGAAAAAAUCAAGAAGGUGAACAGCUGGCUCAGCUCAGUGUUUGGAGAUCAGCCGGUCCCACACUUUGAGGUCAACACAAGGACAGUGGACAUCCUGUACCAGCUGGCUCAGUCCAGUGAAGACCGCUGCAGUGACACAGCUGUCCUCACAGAGGACCUCAAACAGAAAGCCUCCGAGUAUCAGGCUGAAGGUGCUCACCUCCGUGAUGUUCUCCUGCAAGCUGUUGGUCUGUCCUGUGCAAGCUUGUCAAAGCCUGCCUCUGACUACUUGUCUGCUUUGGUGGACACUGCCAUGGUGCUUGGAGUCAGAGACACGUCACUGGGCAGCUUCAUGCCAGCGGUGAACAACCUCACCAACGAACUCCUGGAGGCAGAAAAGUCAAACAGGAGACUUGAGAGGGAACUGCGGGCCGUCAGAAAGAGACUCGGUGCCACUCUGGUGCUGCGGAGCAACUUACAAGAGGAUAUCAACAAAACAGUCAAAACUCAAGCAGUGGAGAGCGCUAAAGCAGAAGAGCGACUGCUCAACAUGGAUUUUGUGACUGCAAAGGCUAAAGAGCUCAGCAGCAGACGGGAGAGGGCAGAGGCUCAACUUGUAUCCAGGAACAUGGACAAGUCCAUCACACACCAAGCUGUUGUGCAGCUUUCUGAGGAAACCACAGCGCUGAAACAAGAAAUAAUCCCCCUGAAAAAGAAACUGGAGCCUUACAUGGAUUUAAGCCCAAGCCCUUCUCUCGCUCAAGUGAAAAUAGAAGAAGCAAAAAGAGAAUUGGCUGCACUUGAUUCACAGUUUGAGAUGAAUAUGGAUUUCAAGUGAAGAUGUUUAUAAAGUUAAAAUCUGUCCCAUUUUGAGCUGUAAAUUCUUUGUGUUUGGAAAAAUAAACUAAUUGUUUCUCUGUCUUUGGGAAUCUUUGUAUUGUGUUGCGACAGCCAACUCCUUAUUUCAAAAUAACUGU